UGGUCCGGUCACGGCGCCGGCGUCACGGUGCUUGGGCGGUCGCCACCAAGAGUUGUGUAUCUUGGUGAGGCCUUUGUGGGGGUACCGUCUGGGACGGUCCUCUCGCGCCUUGCAGCCAGUCUGCACCUCAGAAUCGUGGGCUGCAGCGUAGUGCGAGCGUGCGAGUCGGCGCCUGGGCUGCCGUGGGGCCUGGGCCCAACAGCAGCCUCUUCCUUUGCAGCGAGCAGAGAGAGGCCGCAAAAUGCAGCCGCCGGGUCCGCCCCCGGCGUUUGCCCCCACUAACGGGGACUUCACCUUUGUGUCCUCGGCCGACGCGGACGGUGAGCGGGAGCCGCUGCGCGAUCUCAGUGGAUCCAUAGCAGCCCCAGAUGUCAAAUUAAACCUUGGUGGAGAUUUUAUCAAAGAAUCUACAGCUACUACAUUUCUGAGACAAAGAGGAUAUGGCUGGCUUUUGGAAGUUGAAGAUGAUGAUCCUGAAGAUAACAAGCCACUUUUGGAAGAAUUGGAUAUCGAUCUAAAGGAUAUUUACUACAAAAUCCGAUGUGUUUUGAUGCCAAUGCCUUCACUUGGUUUUAAUAGACAAGUGGUGAGAGACAAUCCUGACUUUUGGGGUCCUCUGGCAGUUGUCCUUUUCUUUUCUAUGAUAUCGCUGUAUGGACAAUUUAGGGUGGUCUCCUGGAUCAUAACCAUUUGGAUAUUUGGCUCACUAACAAUUUUCUUACUGGCCAGAGUUCUUGGAGGAGAAGUUUCGUAUGGCCAAGUUCUUGGAGUUAUAGGCUAUUCAUUACUGCCUCUCAUCGUAAUAGCCCCUAUACUUCUGGUGGUUGGAUCAUUUGAAGUGGUGUCUACACUUAUAAAACUGUUCGGUGUGUUUUGGGCUGCCUACAGUGCUGCUUCAUUGUUAGUGGGUGAAGAAUUCAAGACCAAAAAGCCUCUCCUGAUUUAUCCAAUCUUUUUAUUAUACAUCUAUUUUUUGUCCUUAUAUACUGGGGUGUGAUCCGAAUCAUACAUACGUAGAAAAAGACAAUGUUACCUUUGUGGGCUGGGAACUCCUGCUGACGAGAUUGGAAAAACCUUGGUAAAAUUUUACAUGUUUCAGAUGUAAAUAAAGGUAGGUCGAAGGUCUUUUUUAAACAAUAUUUUUUGUAUUUAAUUAAGCAGUUGCAAUUAUCUGGGAUUUUUUAGUCAGGAUUCUAAAUUCUGUUUAUUUCUUCAUAUUCCAGUGAAUAAAAUAUAAAAGCAUUGUGUUUUUAAGAUUGUGUCAAUGUUCACAGGCUUUAUGUGUCACAGGCUGUGCCAAAAGCACCUGGAUUGGUAACUAUAUUUCACUUGAAGGGUAAAUUUGACAACAUCCUGAUAAUCUAAAAGUGCAAUUUUUUUCUUUAAAGAAUUUACUCCUGCAUUGCAGAUCCUGUAGAUACAUAUUUAUAUUUAUACAUAUAUAUUUAUGAAAUAAUUCUUAUUAUUCACAAUAUAUAUUUCUGAAUAACCUAAAAUUUAAGAUAUUAAAUCUGAUGCUUAAACUUCCUUUAAUUUGGCCAUUAACCUUUUUAUUUUAAAAAUUCAUUUUUUAAAUUGUGUUUUUUAAAUUAGAGUUGCUGAUGUAGAUUUGGUUUGUAUGGGUGUGCUUUUGAAAACCUGUUUUGAAUGUCUAAAUGUCUGAUUUAAACUUUGAGUUUUAUCUUUUUGACUAAAGGACCAAAAGAUAUAAAGGAUAUGGCAUUCAUUAAAAUCAUUAAUAUGGAGAAAGACAAUAAUAUUUAUAGCACUAGUAAAUAUUUUUUAAGUGAUACUUACAAAUUAGCAGUUAUGGGAAAAAAGACAAAACCUUGUGGUCCUGAGCAAUGUUAUAUGAAGUAGAAAACAAUAAAAUGUUUUCCAGCUGUG